AUGUCUAUAUUGCCUUCCUUCGGGUUCACGCAGGAGCAAGUGGCGUGCGUUUGCGAGGUGUUGCAGCAGGGAGGAAACUUGGAGAGGCUCGGCCGCUUCCUGUGGUCCCUGCCCGCUUGCGAUCACCUCCACAAGAACGAGAGCGUGCUCAAAGCCAAGGCGGUGGUGGCCUUCCACCGGGGGAACUUCAGGGAGCUCUACAAGAUCCUGGAGAGCCACCAGUUUUCUCCGCACAACCACCCGAAGCUGCAGCAGCUCUGGCUGAAGGCGCACUACGUGGAGGCGGAGAAACUGCGCGGCCGGCCGCUCGGAGCCGUGGGGAAGUACCGGGUGCGGAGGAAAUUCCCGCUGCCCCGCACGAUAUGGGACGGCGAGGAGACCAGCUACUGCUUUAAGGAGAAGUCCAGGGGAGUACUGCGAGAGUGGUACACGCACAACCCGUACCCGUCCCCGCGGGAAAAGAGAGAGCUGGCCGAGGCCACAGGACUGACCACCACGCAGGUCAGCAACUGGUUCAAAAACAGACGGCAGAGGGACAGAGCCGCAGAGGCGAAGGAGAGAGAGAACAGUGAAAACAACAACGCAGGCGGCAACAAACAGAACCAGCUGUCGCCGCUGGACGGAGGAAAGUCCCUCAUGUCCAGCUCGGAGGACGAGUUUUCUCCACCUCAGAGCCCCGACCAGAACUCAGCGCUUUUGCUCCAGGGCAACAUGAGCCACCCCGUGGCCUCCGCUUACCCCAUGUCCGGCCUGGGGGCCCCACAGCCGGUGCACGGCAUGCACGGACACCCGCACCAACUGCAGGACUCCUUGUUGGGACCUCUAACCUCCAGUCUUGUGGAUUUGGGCUCUUAA